AUGAAUACUGUUAAGUCUAGUGUGUUGCGGGGACGAAAUUUCGCCGUCAAGGACCCCGAAAAUACAGUCCACAAUGCAAAUGAGCAAAGUAAAAGUGAAUCACCUGAAGCACCAGAAAAACAUGUUGGUGAGAAUGCGGUUGAUGCAGCAUCAGAAGUUGAUAAAAGUGAUGAAAAACAGUUACCCGCUAUUAAUGGGGUUGUUGACGAGGCCGCAACAAAUGGUUCGUCUUAUGAACAUUGUAUCAAAUUUUGA